GAAUUAAAAGUAAGAGAAUAUCUACUCAAGGGUUCGGAGGUGUCGGAACAAACCACGGGAACAAGAGCUGAACCUCUCUGAGGUCCAAGUUCCAGGAUGAAGAGGACGCUGCUGUUUGUGCUCACUCUCUCAGGGUUGUCCGCUGUGUCUACACACGUCAUCAAAGAGUACCACUAUGUGAGCGAAUUAAAGACCUGGGCUGACGCUCAGAGUUAUUGCAGAGAGAACUUCAAUGACCUUGCCACCAUAAACAAUCAAGAGGAAAACGACAAGCUGAUGAGUGUGUCUCAGAGCACAGGAAGAUACGUAUGGAUAGGGCUUUAUGAUAACUUUGAGGCAUGGAAGUGGGCACUGGGAGACACAGACUUCAACAAUGAGUUCAGUAACUGGGCAACGAAAAAUCCAAACGUUAAGCAUGCCCCUGAGAGCUGCACUCUGAUGGGAAAAACUGGGUUUUGGAAUGACAUACAAUGUCACUAUAAGCGUCAUGCAGUCUGCUAUUAUGAACCAGGUCCUACCAAAUAUAUUUUGGUGGAAACACCCAUGAAUUGGGACGAUGCGAGGACGUUUUGUAGGUCCAAAUACACAGACCUCGCCAGUGUGAGGAACAUGAAUGAGAGUCAACAAAUCUCCUCACUGCUGUCUGAAGACACCUGGAUUGGUCUCCACAGAAAGACCUGGCCUUACUGGUCUGACAAGAGCCCUAAUAUCUUCGACAAGUUGACCAAUCUAGUGUUCGAAUCCAGAACUCAACAAUACUGUGCAUCAGUCAGUACAACAUCAGGGAAUUGGCACGAUAUUGACUGUGAGACAAAUCGCCAUUUUUUCUGUCAGUCUUUUACACCUCAUCAGCACGAAGCAAGGUUCAAGUUGAAGUUCCAGUCUGACGCCGACCUGAAUGAUCCUGCUGUUCAAAAGCAGAUUUUAGAGCAGCUGCAUGCUAAACUGGAGAAACAUGGAGUAUCAGACUUUGAGCUCCGCUGGACUCAGACGGACGGGGUGACGUUUCACAAGGAAAAAAAGACAAAGGAAUAG